GUGCCUCCAGCCCGGCUCUUCUUAAGCCCCGCUCCCGCUCCUUCUCCUCCUCCUCCGCCGUCUCCUCCGCCAAGAUGCCCCGCUACGAACUCGCCCUGAUCCUCAAAGCCAUGCAAAGGCCAGAGACAGCUGCAACGCUGAAACGCACAGUGGAAGCUUUGAUGGAAAGAGGAGCAGUAGUGAGGAAUUUGGAAAAUCUGGGAGAAAGAGCACUGCCAUAUAGAAUCUCAAAACAUAACGAUGAUCACACCAGAGGAGGGUAUUUUUUGGUAGAUUUUGAAUCUUCACCAACAGUUAUUUCAGCCGUGAAGGAUCAUUUGGGACGUGACAUUGAUGUAAUCAGGUCUACUGUUUUAAAGCAUCGAAUGAUUAAAGCAGAAGAAUGUAUGGGCAUUAUUGAAGAAAACAAUGCUGAUAAACUAAUUGGGAAGAAGAAAUAAAUACUGGAUGAUUAAAAAAGAAUGGGACAAAACUGAAUAAAAACAGUUUUCCUUUUGCAUUAUUCUUUUUAACCACCUUGUAAUAGAAGACUAUAGAGAGACUGUAGCCACUAAUUCUAAUCUAGUGAGUGUAUAAUUUAUGCAGAAUUAUCUUUUGGCUAUUUUUCUUUCAUAUUCUUGUCCCUUCUUUGAAAAUCUAAUUGUGUGUUCCCCUCUCCUUAAUGUUACAUUUGUUUUUGAAGAUUGUCCUACCCUAAAACUCUACUGACAAACUUUUACCCAACAAAGUGGGACUUACUUCUAAAUUAUCAUGCAGGACUGGUCAGAAUUUUCACAUUCUGUACAUUUAACAGCAAUGUCCUCUGUGAUGUAUAUACUGUAUAAUGAUAUUUAAAAUGUAUUUGAAUGUAAUAAAGUUAUAAAAUGAA